AUGGAAGUGAAAGAAGAGGUCAGAAAACUCGUCAGGGCUGAGGCCUCGUCUUCGCCUAACCUUGACCUGGAGUCCGAUGACAACAUGCUUGGGUCAUCGUCGUCUGCUGUGGCUACUUCUGACCACUCGGAGGACCGAUUCUGGGAACAGUUGGUUGAACUGCGUCUCAAACCACAGGCGGUUUUUCCAGAGAGGGAGGAUCGGUUAGCGGGAGAACUGCAUGACAUUCGGAAAACUUCCCUUAUAUGGUUUGCAGUGGCCAACAUGUUCUGGCUUGUCUUGUUUCUGACGCUGAGCAACCUUCCAGCAAACGAUAAGAAGGGAUCAGACUUGCAUGUGUUCGGAAACAAUCCCGUUGGGCUGGCAUUUCUGUUCCUGUUUUGUCUUUUACUCAUCAUCCAGUUCUUCAGCAUGUUGGUGCAUCGCGUAUGGACAUUUAUCCACUUGGUGGCACGCGCAAAGUUGCCCGGAUCCAAGACAAGUCGCCCAGAUGCUUCGGUCUGGAACACGCGCAUAGCGCGACAGCAGGUGGCCGAUCCUGAGGAGGAGGAGCAAUUCUAUCAGUCAUGGAAUGCCACGCUGAGAAGGGUGACCGAUUUUUCGCAGUCCAUGUCCGACCAGAGAAGUCUCUUGGGCUAUUCUAUCCGAAAAUAGAUUUAAUCAUUCUCGAAGAAUGCUCUUCGUCAUGUGCAAUGGACUCAACAUAAUGGAAAUGUAUUAUAAUACGUGUAUGAUAAAAUCUGACGUGCUCAGUUAUGAGAUGAGAUUUUGGGAAAUGUUUACUGGAUUAAGUGCUGAGUAUUAUGCUGCCCAUAAUUACGGGAUCCGUUCACAAUUUAAAUAUUUAUUAUUGGUGACGAUACUUUAUGGUUACUUGUUAAACAGCCUGUCAUUAAAUGACCUGUGGUGUGCCAGUGAGGAGGCAGAAGCAGUAUAACGUUCUGAACUGUUACAACUUGUAUUUAAAAGCUUGUUUUUCCAUGUAAAUGAACCUUUACAUUGUAUUUUACUUUACUGCUAUAUAUAUAUAUAUAUCCCCUCCAUCGAUAUGGUGGCUGAGAAACAUGUAAUAAUU